CCGACGACCAGCUGCCACUCCGCACCAUCACGAGAUUACGACGAUGCUGCAGGCUCAUUCGGACCCUCGCCUCUGGGACGGUCCAGCCAGUCGUGAGGCACAGCCGGCGUGGCUCAAAAACAUCCAGGCCGAGCGCGAGACUGUGCUGCGCAAGAUCAACUACACUGGCGGUGUUUUCGAUGUGAUCCCGUGGACGCAGACGUCCUGGAUGCAGCCGCAGAUGCACCCUUACGACCGGAGCUUCUACGACCCUACCUCCGGCGAGUACACGGUCGGGCGGUACCUCGCCGAUCUCCGCGCUCGGUACGGCGGCAUCGACAGCCUCCUUCUCUGGCCCACCUACACCAACAUCGGCAUCGACGACCGCAAUCAGUUCGACUAUUUCCGCACGAUGCCGGGCGGGCUCGAGGGCGUCCGUCGCGUCACAGCCGAGCUGCACGCCGAGGGCGUGAAGGUGAUGUGGCCGUACAACCCUUGGGACACCGGCACGCGGCGCGAGGGCAGCAGCGACCAGGUCGCGCUGGCGGCGCUGCUCAAGCAGACGGGCGGCGACGGCUUCAACGGUGACACAAUGGGCUCCGUCGGGCUGGCGUUUUGGAACGCGUCUCUCGCGGUCCACCACCCGCUCGGUCUCGAGCCGGAGGGCGGAGGCACCGACGAGGCGCUCAAUUGGGCGACGAUGGGGUGGGGCUACUGGAGGUACCCGGCCGUGCCGGCGGUGAACCGGUUCAAGUUUCUGACUCGCGGCCGCUUCAUGGCGCACGUGUGCGAUCGCUGGGCAAAGGACCGCACGGACAACCUCCAGGCAAUCUCGAGCACGUGGAACGGCAUCACCCCGCGCGACGCCGAGGCGAUCCGGCGGGUGGCGCACAUGCAGCGCUUCUUCGGCGCCGACGCUAGCGGUGGCCUGCUGCUGUCGGCAGGGUGGGAGCCGCACACGCCUGAGGCGGAGGCGCCGCGCCGCGAGCACUCGCACACACUCGCCGUGCCGCCCCUCUUCAUCGACCGCCACCCCGUCACCACGGCAAACUACUCGGCCUACCGCCGCGCGACGGGCUACGCGCCAAAGGACCCGCUCAACUGGCUCAGCAACUGGCGGCCGGGCGCGUGA